ACUUUCUGUCUCUUUGGAGAUAAAAGCCAGACAACAUUAGCUUCAGAAAGCAGUGUGAAGGUUUUUUAUUUUGAAGACAAUGCUCACUGGAAACAAACCUUCAGAAGGAAAAAUGGAUCGCUGGUGUUGGUCAUCAGAAACUAACAGCUUUCGACGUUUCACCCCUGAGUCCUUGGCUGCAAUUGAGCAAAGAAUUGCUGAGAAAAAAAAGCAGCCAGACAAAGAAAAAGAGAAGAAUAAGGACCAAGGAGUUGAAGCAGAACAACUUACUCCCCAGCUUGAUUUGAAAAUCUGCAAAAAGCUGCCAUCCCUUUAUGGGGACAUUCCACCAGAGCUCAUUGGGGAGCCCCUGGAGGAUUUUGAUCCGUACUACAGUGAUCACAAGACUUUUAUGGUGCUAAAUAAAAGGAGGACUAUUUUCCGGUUUACUGCCACACCUGCCUUGUGUAUAUUUGGUCCUUUUAAUCCAGUCAGAAAAGCAGCAAUUAAAAUUCUGACCAAUUCAUGUUUUGUUGGCAUUAUUAUAUGUACCGUGUUACUCAAUUGUGUGGUUAUGACUGUACGUCAGCUCCCACCAGCACUCAACUGGACUGAAAUUGCUUUUACUGCCAUAUAUACUACUGAAAUAUUGAUAAAAAUAGUAGCAACAGGAUUUGUUUGGAACGAAUUUACCUUCCUUCGAGAUCCAUGGAACUGCUUGGAUCUGUCUGUUAUUAUUGUAAUGUACGUUACUAUGUUUCAAAAUAUAGGCAAUGUUUCAGCUCUUCGAACUUUCAGAGUGCUGAGGACUUUGAAAGCCAUUUCAGUAAUACCAGGUCUGAAAAUCAUUGUAAAUUCACUUGUUGAAUCCAUUAAGAAACUUGCUGACGUGUUUAUCUUGACUGUAUUUUGCUUGAGUAUAUUUGCCCUAGUAGGCCUCCAGCUUUUUAUGGGCAAUUUAAGAUUCAAAUGUGUCCUCAAUAAUACUGUGUACAAUGACUCAUUAUGUAAGGAUCCCAAGAUCUAUGUACCAAGUGAUGAAGAUAUCUGCCACAGAAUGAAUGGCUCUUCUGACAUAUUGCUCUGUGAGAUCAGUUCAGAUCCUGAGAAAGGGUGCCCAGAAAACUAUACCUGCCAGAAGAUUGGGCAGAAUCCUGACUUUGGUUAUACAAGUUUUGAUCACUUUGGCUGGGCCUUCCUCUCUGUAUUCCGUCUGAUGACACAGGAUUCCUGGGAGCGUCUCUACAGACAGACUAUCCGUACAUCUGGAGUGACCUGCAUUUUUUUUUUUAUGGGAGUCAUCUUUUUCUGCUCAUUUUAUCUCUUCAAUCUGAUCUUGGCUGUAGUAACUAUCGCAUAUGAAGAGCAAAACAGAUCCAGUCUUGCUGAAACAGAGGCCAAGAAAAAACUGCUUCAGGAUGCCCAACAAAUUCUAGAGAAAGAACAGGAGGUGGCUGCAGCAGAAAGCAGUAAGGCCUUGCAAGUUGGGUCUGAAAUGCCAGUUGGUGACUUGAAAAAUUUGAAAGGAAAAGAGAUUAUUAAAGAAACACCUAUUUUAAGACAAAAUGUAGUUUUAGAUGAUCAGGAGAAAGAGGAGCAAAUAUUUCAUUCACAGCCUGGUCACUGCCACAAGAAGCUUAGGCAGAUCCUGCUGUCCUAUGAUGUGUCAGUGGACUCUAUUAAUGAUCCUUUCCGAAGACAGAGGUUAAUGAGUGCAGCCACUAUUCUCACAGACAAUUCGAAGUCAAAAUUGAAAUGUCCUGCAUUGUGGAAACGUUUUACUUCAAAGUAUCUAAUUUGGAAUUGUUGUCCAUUCUGGAGAGCAGUCAAAGAGAAGGUGAAAUUGGUGAUUUUGGAUCCAUUUGUUGAACUCUUUAUCACAGUUUGCAUUAUCUUGAACACUUUAUUCAUGGCUAUGGAGCACCCUGGCAUGUUGCCAGAAACCAGAAAAAUGAUUACUAUAAGUGACCAGGUCUUCACCCUUAUUUUUACACUAGAAAUGAUCUUGAAAAUCAUUGCUCUAGAUCCUUACUACUAUUUUCAGAACAAGUGGAAUGUUUUUGAUAGCUUAGUUGUUUUGAUUGGCCUAGUGAGCUUUGGAACCAAUCUGUCACCUUUCAGAGUGAUCAGGAUCUUCAAAUUGGCAAAGUCCUGGCCAGCCUUAAAUACUCUUAUGAGAAUAAUUCUAAACUCGUUUGGGGCUCUGAGUAACCUCACUCUGGUUUUGGCUAUCACUGUAUUUAUUUUUGCUGUAGUAGGAAUGCAGUUUUUGGGCACUGAUUAUGAAAAAAAAUUCCAUAAAAUAAGCACCAGUGAGGAUUUACGCUGGCAUAUGAAGGAUUUCAGUCAUUCAGUCCUGAUUGUAUUCCGAAUAUUAUGUGGAGAAUGGAUUGAAAUGAUGUGGGAAUGUAUGGAAGUGGCUGGAAAACAGAAAUGUAUUACCAUUUUCUUGUUAGUCCUGGUGAUAGGAAACCUGGUGGUGCUCAACUUGUUCAUUGCCCUGCUGCUGAGUUCAUUCAAUACUGAUGCCUCAGGAGGACAAGAGGAACCUGGAGAAAGGACUAAAUGUCAGAUUGCCCUUGCACAGAUUCACCAGGGCCUGAAGUCUGUGAAAGACAGAAUUCUGGAUCCUCGUGGCAGAAAAAUGAAAGGAAGCCUCAGAAAAACAGACAAAAAGAAGACUUUGGAAGAAAUUUCUGGCAAAAACAUAGAGGAUAAUAAUUAUGCCAUGACAGAUGUCAGAAAAUACAUAGACAACAAUUGCUUUGACAUGGAGUGUUACCAUAAUGAAGAGAAUUCCUCAAUUAUAAGGAAAUAUAAAGAUCUUUCCAGCAGUCACAGUACCUGUGUUCCCACUGAAGCAGCAGAGAGUUACAGUGACAAAAGUGAUGAUGAGCACAUUGUAUUCACAGAAACAGAACACAGAAAACAGAAAUGUGGUGCUGGUCAUAGCUUUUGUGAAGCCAGCAGUGUGGAUGCAGCUGUUGGUCUGGAGAGGUUUUCCCAGACUAAAAACUCACACCUGCCUAAGGACUGUUUUGGAGAAAAUUGUGGCAAAUGUUUCCCAUGUUGUGUAGUGGAUAUCACUAAGCUUCCAGGCAGAACUUGGUGGAACUUCAGGAAAACCUGCUACCGAAUUGUUAACCACAGCGGGUUUGAAUAUUUUAUGGUUUUUGUGAUAGUAUUGAGCAGUGCAGCACUGGCAUUUGAAGAUAUUCACCUGCAGAAUAGAAAAACAGUGAAAAGCAUCCUAGAUUAUGCUGACAAAGUAUUUACCUACAUCUUCUUGAUGGAGAUGCUUCUGAAAUGGGUAGCUUAUGGAUUGCACAGUUACUUCACAAAUUCCUGGUGUUUGCUUGACUUUGUCAUUGUAUGUUUGUCAUUUGUUUCCUGGGGACUAAAUCCUGGUACGGAAGGCAAGGCACGUUGUUCCUCUGGGAGUGGCCUGAAAUCUCUCAGGACUCUUAAAGCAUUGAGGCCUCUACGAGCUUUGUCAAGAUUUGAAGGGAUAAAGGUUGUUGUCAAUGCACUCCUUGGAGCUAUCCCCUCAAUCUUCAAUGUUUUGCUCGUCUGUGUUGUCUUUUGGCUCCUAUUUAACAUUCUAGGAGUAAAAUGGCUUGGGAAAAGAUUUUCAAAGUGCAUACUCCAGGAAGGAAAUAUCAGUCUCAUUAAUAACAGAAGUGAUUGUGAGUCUCAUGGUGGAAAAUGGACAAAUUAUCCUGUAAACUUUGAUAAUGUUGGGAUGGGAUACUUGGCUCUGCUCCAAGUGGCAACUUUUAAAGGCUGGAUGGAUAUUAUGUAUGCAGCAGUGGAUUCACGUGAGAUCAAUGAACAGCCAAAGUUUGAAGCAAGCUUACACAUGUACAUAUACUUUGUGGUUUUCAUUAUUUUUGGAUCUUUCUUCAUGUUGAACCUUUUUGUUGGAGUGGUUAUCAGCAAUUUUAACCAACAAAGGAAAAAGAUAAGUGGAAAGGAUCUAUUUUUGACUGAGGAACAGAAAAAGUACUAUAAUGCCCUAAAAAAACUUGGAUCCAAGAAACCUCAAAAACCCAUCCCAAGACCAUUGAAUGCGUUCCUGGGAUUGCUGUUUGAUAUCGUAAUGCACAAAGCAUUUGACAUCAUCAUUGUCAUUUUCAUCUGCCUAAAUAUGGUUGUUAUGAUGGCAGAAAAUAACCAGGAAGGCACCAAGGAAGUUCUUAAUAAAAUCAACUAUUUUUUUGUGGCUGUAUUUACAGCGGAAUGUGUCAUAAAAGUGCUGGCCUUAAGACAGCAUUACUUCAAAAGCGGCUGGAACUUAUUUGAUCUUAGUGUUGUGAUCCUUUCAAUAGUCAGUAUUGGAGUUUCUGAAGCCUUUCAAAAAUUCAUCUCUCCUACACUUUUGAGAACUAUUCGUUUGGUGCGAAUUGGCCGAAUCCUGAGAUUGGUUCGAAAAGCGAGAGGAAUUCGAACCCUUCUCUUUGCAUUACUGAUGUCUCUUCCUGCACUGGUCAACGUUGGCCUUUUGCUUUUCCUAAUUACAUUUAUUUAUGCCAUUGUGGGCAUGGCAAACUUUGCCUGUCUUCCCUGGGAAGGUGGGAUUGAUAACAUUUUCAACUUUCAAACCUUUUCUGGAAGCAUUCUCUGUCUCAUCCAAAUUACAACGUCAGCUGGCUGGGAUACUCUUUUGGCCCCUUUGUUAAGUGAAUCUGGUACAUGUGCUCCCAACUUAGUUUUAAAAGAGAAAGAUAAAAUUAAUUGCACAAAUAGACCAUUUGGUAUUUUUUAUUUUGUAAGCUAUGUCAUUAUAUCAUUUCUCAUUGUUGUAAAUAUGUACAUAGCUGUCAUUUUAGAGAACUUCAAUGUUGCCACCGAAGAAAGCACAGAUCCUCUUUGUGAAGAUGACUUUGAUAUGUUUUAUGAGACCUGGGGAAAAUUUGAUCCUCUGGCAACACAGUUUAUUGACUAUUCUGCUCUUUCAGACUUUGCAGAUGCUCUGGCAGAACCCUUGCGCAUUCCAAAGCCCAAUAACAUCCAGCUCAUAUCCAUGGACCUCCCUCUAGUGAGUGGAGAUAAGAUCCACCACUUGGAUAUCUUGCGUGCUUUCACUAAAAGGGUCUUGGGAGAAUGUGGAGAUUUGGAUAGUCUUGAAUUAUUCAUGGAGGAAAAAAUUGUGAUUGACAGUCCAUCUAAAAUUUUUGACAAGCCAGUUUCUUCCACUCUUAAGAGAAAACAAGAGGAGGUAUCAGCAGUUAUUAUCCAAAGGGCCUUCAGGAGGUAUUUGAUACAGCGUUCUUUCAAAAAUACAUCUUUCUUAUGCCGUCACAGACAGACCAGUGCUGUCUUUGGAGAAGAAAUGCGGGAGAAGCAAAAGCUUAUUGUAUCAAUGCUUAAUGAAAGUAGUGGCAGGAAGAUACAUAAAUCACGGCCUGUUUCUUCCACAUCUCUCCCUUGAUUUUAUGAUGCUGUUGCCGACACAAAUAAGCUGGACACAUAAGGUUACCUCAGGCUGCAGCAUUUUUGACAUUUAUUGAUUUUCAGAUGGAGACAAUAUGUGAAUCCCAGAGUAUAAUAAUCUAAAUGAUGGCAGCCUUUAAGUAUUGUGAUUACUCAAAUUUGCAAAUUCUCCUUAAAAUUAUUAAGAUCUGAACAACUAUGUCAUAAAUAUUGGAGAAAAAUCAAACCAUAGAAUUUUUUUAUCAGCUAGUGGAGUAGGUGGGUUAAUUUUUUCACCUGCCAGUUUUGUCCUAGUUCAUGUGUUUACGGAAGAAAUCUGUAAAAGGUCAGUUAUAAGGACAGAUUUAUAAACACACAAGGCUGUAGAAUAAUGUAUAUCUCUUUAGAGAUAACCAAUAUUUCCAACUAGGCUUUAUUGUAGCAAAAUGAAAUAAUUACUGCACUUCUGUAACAGAGCUCAUUCAGGACACUCGAGCAUAAUCAGCCUCUAACUUUGAUGGUUUUGGGACCAUCCUCCUCUGCCCGGUCUGAAGGGGGGAUGUGGCCGUGACACAGCAUGGAUGGGUCUGGAGACAAGGUAGGGGUGCAGAUGGAAUGCUUUAUUGAGGCGUGCACGGGAUUUUUUAUCAGUUCAGGCAGGGAAAGGGCUAGAACAUGGGGUGGAACAUGAGACAGGCAAACGGGGUAACAAAUGGGGAUACAGACACAGGCAAAAAGGGGAGGAACAUGGGAGGAGCCGGGGAAGGAAAGGGCGAAUGGUGACUGUCUGCUCUCUGCAGCUUCUGCAGCCUGUCAGAGAGGGGAGCGGGGAAGGAGGGAGCAGGCAAACUCGUGGCAAGCCCAAGCAUGACCAGGCUGUGCAUUGUGUAGUGUGGAUACAAUGAAAGCACAUAAUGACAAUAAAGUCCAUAUAAUAACUGUAAGGUCCAUAUAAUAAAGUCCUGUCCAUUGCUGCAUGUUUUUCUCUAUGCCUGGAACCUCUCCCAUCCUGAAUCUUGUUCCUUCAUACUCCUCCUAGCAUGUUUGGGUGGAUUUGCUUAUGCUUAAGAAUUUUGGAGGAGUCUUUAUAUGUGCACCUAAAUGGAUUUAACAGAUCAUCCUCAGUUGCCCGUGCAUAAAGUUUGUAUAUAAUUUGUUCUUAGUAUCAUUCAGUGUAUGAAAAUUGUCAUAAUCAUAGCUACGAAAAUCAAAGAGUGUUAUACAAGGGGUAUUGCUUCCAGAAAAUCUUGAGAAUCAUUGUACGUAAAAUUUCAUCAUCAUCUAAAUGUCAUAGAAAACAUUACUUAGUAAUCUUAGUGAUAUGAGGCAACAUUUAAUAAAAGGUAGAGGAAGUAUUUAUUUGAUUGAUUCUGAAAAAGAAAAUAUGAACAAUGAGUAUUAAUGUUUUACUGAUUUCUUUUGCAGUUUAGGUUGUUCAGAUGAAGUGUUGUGGUGGAUUCAGAACAACUAAUAAAAUACAACUGGUUUAGAUUCUUCAAUAAAGAGCUCAGAUGCUUAACA